GUGCUGCUGCUUUUGUGAGAAUGUGAGAAAACAGCUUUUCUCCUCGGAGAGGCAAAGAGCGGCAGGGGGAGCGCAGAAUAAAAAAAAAAUGGAAGGAGGGGGGAGGAAGCUGAAUGCGGCGUAAGCUCAGCUGCUCGCUUUGAGGGAUAUCAGCUGAGCCGGAACGAAUGAGGACGUUGUUGGGGGUCACAAAAGACCCCAUGUAAAAUAACAAAACAAAAAAAAAACACAAAGACGAUUGUUGGACACACUAUGGCAUCAGACGCCGAAGACCCGGUUGCUGUGUCGUCUGUGGCGGACGACUCUUUACUGGGAAUCGGAGACGUCGCUGGAGAUGGGCGGCUGGAGGAAGAGGAGACGAGGACGGUGCUUUGGGGUGAAUUUCAAGGCACACAGCAGAAUGAUGGAGAGGAAGAAGGUGACUGCUUCACAAGGGGUCUGCAUGCAAGCCAUUCUGAUGAUAGCUGGGUGGCUUUCAGAGACAGCGAGGAAUCGCAUAGCGAUAACCAGGAGGGACUCUUAACACAAUGCGGUGGCCGAUGGUGGUGUGAAAGUAGCACAACGCUUUGUACAAGAGAACAUUCUCCAAACAAAAGCAGUGUCGGACACAUAUUCGAACACUGUUUUCCUCCAAUAUCCCAUCCACAUACAGAAGAAGACAUAACACCACUGGAGUCAUUAUUACAUGACAUUGGAUUGCAUGGGCACAGACAGACUAAUACCAGAGACACAUGUGAUCACAGAUCGGCAGACUGUCUAUGGGGUGCUACACCUGACCACACGCAAGAUCCUGAUAUGCUGUAUAAAUGGGAAGGAUCCCAACUAAGAAGCGCCUACCUCUCAUCCCUAAACAUCAAACCCAAUGACAAGAUCCCGCCGAACAAAACUCGGUCCUCUCCAGCUCCUAAACAGAGGAUCCAGCCACACAAAAUGAGCACAGGACGAGAGCUCAAACUAAUGAAGGUGGCCUCCGUAUCUGUUCAUGUUACUGGAUUUAACCCUUCCCACCAUCUCCAGUCCCUGUUCCAGCAUUGGUCCCAACCCAGCGGGAAAACAAGGCUGAAAGUGGCCUAUGACUUUAACCGCAGCCUCCUGGUGUAACGAUCCCUUGGACUUUCAAUUUGGUAAUAUUGGGUGACCAUGUCAAGGAUUUUUAUGUCACAGAAAAGUAUAUUUUCUACAAUAAAUGCUAGUGAUUGAAUG